UCUUCUUUUGUGCUUAUGCUUCUUUCUCCCUUACAAUCCAAACUCACAAAUACAAUUUUUUCCUUAUAACCAUUCAUUUAUUUUUUCAGCCACCCUUUCAUUCUCAAAACUUGUUAUUGAUCCUUCAAUUCAUUUGCUUUUCAAUCAUGUCAAACUCUACUAGUAGAUUUUCCAUGUCAAAAAACAAUGGAUCUAACCAAUUGGGUCCACAAAAUAACAAAAAAAAACGGCUGCAAAAAUCCAAAUUGGUUAGACAAGACUCAUGUGUCAACUUGUAUGAGUCGACAUUAUCGGACCCUGUUAUUGAGAAUAACCUUAAUAGCCUCUUAUCCUCACUGACCCCUUUGGUGGCUGUCAAAUUUUCAUCCGAGAUCGAGGGAAGUAGCACUGUAUCUCAGAGAAAACCAUAUUUUGUGCUUGAAGACCUGUGGGAGUCUUAUAAUGAAUGGAAUGCUUUUGGUGUGGAGGUGCCCCUUGUACUAAACAACCAUGAAAACGUGACACAAUACUUUGUUCCAUCUCUUUCUGCUCUUCAAUUGUAUGUUGAGGAUGAUCAAGGAUUGAAGAAAAGUGGUUUUGCGCCUUCAAAUGAGACAACAACUAAGUUGAUCUUUGAAUAUUUUGAGAUAGUUUGUCCAUAUUUACGCAUGCCUCUAAUUAAUAAGGUUUCAGAUCUUGCUAAGGAGCAUCCUGGUAUAAAAAACUAUAGGAGCUCUGAUAUAUCACCAUGUAGUUGGUUUUCUGUGGCAUGGUAUCCGAUUUACGGGAUCCCUGCUGGAUCAACACUUAAUAACUUAAACACAGCAUUUCUCACAUUUUAUAAUCUAUCAACUCACCCUAAAUCUAAAAAUCAAUUAAAGUUGCAAGAUGAAUCCUUGAAGAUGCCUAUUCCUAUUUUUGGCAUAACUACUUAUAACCUGGAAGGGUCAAUUUUGACUCUUCCGAAAGCAGCAAAAUCAGAUGAAAUGAACUCUUUGUUGAAGGCUGCCGAUGUUUGGUUAAAGAGUUUGAAGGUUGAGCUUCAUCAAGACUACAACUUUUUUGUUAAGGAUGGUAAACAGUGGGUAGGAGAAUAGAAAGACUGCUGGUUGGCAUUAGGAACCAUUUUGUUAAGGCUGAAGGUUGAAGAUCCAUCAUGACAAAGAUUUCAACCAUACUUGGAAAUGGUUGAAGUUAAAUCAGUGACUGCAUCUUUUAUUUUGUUUGGUUGCACAUUUAUUUUGGUUAAAUAGUAAGUCUCUUAAAUCAAGCUAGCAAGAUAUAGAUAUAUAUCUUGUAUCUACCCUAUGCAUGCAUGUAUCAUUAAAUUUUAUCGUUGAAAUUGUCGUAGCUAAAAAAUAGUAAGAAUAAUCAAUGUACUAGUUGUAUCAUGCAAAUUAACGUCAGCAUGCCAAACACAAUUUUGGCGACAAGUAUUGUAUCGCACCUUAUUUAAAGUGUUUUAAGAAGAUUUUAU